UGUAUGUCUGAUUCAUUACUUAUUUAAAUAGAAUCGUGUAAUUCUUCUAGCAUAGAAUUCUUAAUGCUCUAAAUAGCACUUUUGACGCUAGUAUCCUCUGUUUGAUUGACCCUGUUGAAUUUCUGCUUUCGUUUCUUUCAAAUAGUCUAUUAACAAAAACCAGUAAUAGUACAAAAUUGAUUGUUGACCCAGUUCGUAUAUCCUUCUUUUUUUCCAUGAAUCUAAUCCUUUCACGUAAGGUCGUAUCAUCUUCAGGGGUCUCAUUCUGCUCGUCCAGUAAGUACAAGUCCUUCUUGUGCUCGUCUUUUGAUACAACCUACCCUAGUUCUACUUUGUGGGCUUACAACAGUUUUUCCCCUACAACUUCUUUUUAUUGUCCAGGAGCACCUCUAGGUUCGAACAAACAAGAUGUCCAAAAAGUUCUCGAACGUGAAUUUAAACGCGCCUAAGGCGCCAGCUAAGCGUGCUACCAUAUUCGAUACUGUGGUUACCUCAGCCAAGACAACGACCACAGCUGCUCCUGCGCGUACUAUAAGAUUCUUUCAGAUAGAAGGUUUAUGGUGGUCAGAUAGUGACGAAAGGACGUGGACUCGUUCUCACUCCAGUAGGCACGACAGUUGUGGCACGGCCACGAAAGCUUCUGUCAGAAGCCGCCGAAGUCGACCAUUGAAUUGAUAGAAGAUUUAUGGAUACAUGAUUGCUUAAUCGAAUUGAAAAUCAAUCUAGUCGUACAAUUGCGAAGAGAAAAGAACACCAACAAGCUAAAAAUUGCUCAAUACACCUCGAAUGGGUACACUACUCCUACUACUACUAUGCUCUGCCAUCGACUUGGCCACCACAAUAACUACAGGUUCUCUCGGACGUGCUGGCGGUCUUACUGGUUUGUCAUCCCUUGCCCCCGCUGCACCUAAGAAUACCAAGAAACGGGGUCUCUUAGACAGUUUAGCGGAAGAAGCAAAGGGCACAAAAAUUUUGGAAGAGGAAAAGACUAGGGUAAAAACAAGUCAUCUACUUUUUGAAGUUUUGCGUCAUCUGAUACAAAAUAUCUUUUGUUUUUUUAGAAAGAUCGUCUCUUGAAUUCUAAGGCUCUCGAGAUCAUCUGAUACAACUACUAGUGAUCUUGGCUCCUGCUCGAGACCUUUUAUCAAAUUCUUCCCACCUUAGGCCGACACAGAUGGAGAUGCUGAAGCUGAGAAUGAAGAGGAACAACAGAAGGAACAGAAAAGAAAGGGACCUUCUUGGGCAGACCAGUCAGAAAAUGUCGAAGAUGAGCCACUGGGGACACUGCUGGGAUCGAAGCCGGUAUCUUACUAAACAGAUCACUAUUUCUUCUACAGUUUUUCUUCUACACUAUUUCUUCUACAGUUUUUCUUCUACAUUAUUUCUUCUACAUUAUUUCUUCUACAGUAUUUCUUCUACACUACUUCUUCUACACUAUUUCUUCUACACUACUUCUUCUAAACUUAGUUUGUUCGCUUCAUCUACUAUAAGUAAAUAAAUCUCGUCCAACAUUUAUUUGAUUUUGAUCUUCGCCUUCUCAACAAAAAGCGUAGUUGUAUGAUAAUGAAGAACUUGUUCCGCACCGACUCAGGCCGCCUGGACAGCUCCAGCUCAGGCUAAGAGCAUGCAGCAAAUUAUGGAAGAAGAGAAAGCGGAGGCCGACCGCAAAGCAGCUGCAAAAGCCGAAUUCGAGAAGAAUCCAUGGGGAGGACCCGGAAAUUAUCCUGCAGACAGCGCUUGGAAUAACAGUGACGCACGAUUCGAACGUUACUACAACGAAUAUCGUAGUAACAAUGGAGUUGGCGAGGGCUACCACGGUAGAGUUAAGGGUACCAGGUUAAAGUAGCUUCUUUUGUUUUUACCGUUUGUUAUGCCUCUCGUCGUAAGGGGGACGACCACGGCCAUAACAAACGGGAGAACCCACGAACACCAUGAGACGCGAUGUAGAACGAAGUAGUCCGUAGUCGUGUCUUUUAAACCCCUGGAGUGGGUACAUUGAUUCAUUCACUCACCUCUAAUAGAGGAGGCCAUGCUGGAGCAGGUGAUGGCUCCUUCUAUCCUGGCAACAGUCACGAUCACUCGUUCUACGGUAAAGGGGGACAAUCUGGAUAUUAUGGAGGAGGAGGCAAGGGUAAUGGAUCUGGCUAUUAUGGUGCUGGACCGGGUGCCUACAAUGCUCCAGCCGAUCCUAGUGACAAUGAUUUAGAUUGGCGUCGUGGAGCCGAAGCUGGCAGAGGGGGAGGAGAGCAACACGCUAAGACGAAGUACUUUGUUUAUUUUGUUAUAUUAAUUCUUCGUCAAUCGUCAGAAGAUUUGUUUCAAAACUACAUGAAGUAUUUUUGAUGAACAACACGAAGUAUUUCCGACCUGGUUUUUUAGAACAUCCACACUUCUACUACAUAAGUUAGUAUCCACACUAGUACAACAGAAGUUUUAUAGUAUUGUAGUGUAAGUGUAAUCUUCUAAACCCCUGGAGUGGGUACAUUCAUUCAUUAUUCCACAACUCCACUUUUUCACAAACAGUGAACGCUACAGCAGUCAACGGUACGAAGAGGAGUUCCAUGCUAGGUCGCAGGAGAAAAUCAUGAAGAUCAAGUUCACGGCGGACCCGGUGGACCGAGCGUCAUUAUUCGGCACUGCUAAGCAGGUCAGUCCCACGAAGGAGAAGGGUGCCGACAAGGGAGCGGACAAGGAGUCCAAAGGCGACAAGGCUGACAAGGACUCAGCAACCAAGGACUCAAGCGCUGGAUAUGUUGGUGGCAAGGACCAGCACUCUUCGAGUGGAGGUGGCAAGGAUAAAGACCAUAAAUCCUCUUCUGAGCAUCAACAAGCUGGUUCUUCCUAUCAUCAUCAUGGAAACAACAAGGACACAAACAGUGCCUUGAAUAGUAGUUUCCAAUCGAGCAAGGGAGGCGACAGAAGCGACCACGGAACCUCAUACUCGAAGGAUAGCUACCACAAAUCAACAGAGUCGAAUAAAGGCGGCGACCGAAUAAAGGCGAAUCAUGACAAGCAUAGUUCUCAGCAACAGCAGGACAAGGAUAACUACGCUUCUUCUCAACAGGAAAUCAAAAAAAAUAACUACGCUUCUUCUCAAUAUGAUCGCGAGGAGAAGAACUACAACAGAGGCGGUGGAGGCAACAAGGGUGGCGAUACUAGAGCAGAUAGAGAUAAUAUGGAUAACAAAUCUGCUGGAAGAGGACUUGGCGGCAGCACGAAAGGCGGCAGCUAUGACGAUCUGCAUGGAUCAAAGGGCACCAGCGGAAGUGUUGAGCAGCAGUACGGAGGCGGCAAGGAUCAUUCCUACAACAAGGACUCCCUCUCCCAGCAUUCAUCUUAUAACACGAAGGAGCAUGCUAAUGCUUCUGGAGGAGGAGGAUACAACCAGCUGCACUCGUCCUCGUCGCACAGCAAGGAUCAGCACGGAAAAGACAGCUCUCAUCAACAGCACGGUAAGGAUCAUGGUCGGGAGCCUUACGGAUCUUUAGCUGUGUCUGGAGGCAAGGAUCAUCAACAGCAUGCCAAAGACCACGGCAAAGACCAGCACGGUAAAGAACAGCACAGAGACAACUACGGCAAUAGUGCUGCUACACCCGCUGCUGCUGGCGGGACCUCUCGAUUUGCUUCCUUCGGCAAUACUUCACAGCAAGAGCGUGUAAACAUCAGUACUAGUGCAGCGACGACGACUAAUAUCAACCUCAAUGUGAUGAAUGUUGUACAACAAAGUGGUGGAGGCUCCUCUCGUUUUGCUGCGCAACCAACCGCCGCCAAUAGCAAGGACCGCUCUUAUGCUUCUGAGCAACAACGUGGUGAUCAAAGUGCUCCUCAGCUGGGUGGAAACAACAUGAUUAAAAACCUUCGUGGUGGAGCAGGAGCAGGUCAGAAUUCUCGUGCUUUAGAGCGCAGAGACAGCGGCACCCCUGUCUAUGGCAGCCAUGCGUCAAUGCGCGACAACCGUGGCGGAGAUCAGAAUUGGUCCAAGCACGACAUGUUGCCUGCGCAUGGAGGAUCUUCUUACAAAGUAGAUCAGAGUCAGGGUUACUACGUCGGCAACCAGACGAAAGGAGCCAUCUACAACUCCCCCAACACCUCUCGUGGUAUGAAUACCACAGCAAUGCUCGACAGCGGAGGACCUGGAGGUAAUUAACUAUUCUUAGACAUCGAUCACGCAAUUUUUUUGAUAAUAAAAUAUUCUCUUAUCCAUUUUACAACUUACUACGCACAUCAGGUAGCGACACCAACCUGCCCUCACCAGGUAGCGACCACCUUGACUCUCAGUCCACGAAAAGGGGGCACGGACAUUCAGCGAUGGAUGAUCAUGGGUACUUCAAUUAUAUUUUUGGUAGCUUAUUUUUGGUAGUUUUUUAGUGUGUCAUGCAGCAGAGAUCACUUUUCAUCUUGCUGUAGAUCAUAAAACGCAAAGCCCGAACGCAAAGCACUGCAAGGGUGCCCAUUCUUGGUGACUAGCAGGCGCCUCCUGCACGUGUCUCACUUGCGUAAGGUAGGGCCCUAAGCUGUUGGCCAAUCGUAUGCGUAACUGCGCGGCCAGCGAUGGCAGUAGCAGCUGCGUCUGACGCAAGUCUUGUCUUGAAUUUUCAAAUACGAGUGACAUUACCCCGCUAGAGCAGUAGCAUUGAUCAUGUUGAAGAGAAAAAGUAUUGGAUCCAUCAUGUUGCCAUCCUCGAUCAAAUGAAGGAACAAAACGCCCCAUUAUCUUCACCUUCGUCACCAACUACGUUCUACAGGCGUCGCCCGCCCUACAGUGCACCACCACCACCGCCUGUCGGUCCGCCCCCGUCGCAGGUGCCGACCGCAGCGUUGGUCACAAAUGUUCGCGAGACGUUGCGACAAUGCGGGCACAUGUCACUGCAAAAGUUAGCAGCGAAAUUUCCCGGCACAAACGAGACUUUCUUCGCACAGCAUGCUUCAGUCUUCUGCCUGGACCGACAGAGCCGUGUUGUGACUUUGCUCGAAGAAAGCAUGUAUAUGCCGAAUAGAGAACCGAAUAUCUACCGUUCAUUCGGAGGCAACGCAGGUGGCGCAGCCACACAGACGGAUAGCGUACUUAUUUCUUUUUCAGCUUAUUUUCUUUCUUUGUGAUGUUGUAGAUGUUAGUAGUCGACGUGUAGCUGACCACAAUUUGCAUUUUGUAAUUCAUCUUGGACCUCCACUUUCUUCAAGCUCUAAAAACAUUAUCAUGGCGGAAAUAGAGUUUGAUGGAAGAUGAUGCCAACAAGAGCAUGAGAAACUAGGACCACAUCUUCAUCUCCAUCUUGAAUACUCUUCACCUGAUGCGUCCGUUAUUUGCAGCAGGUUUAUGCCCAGUUCAACAGCGAAGGAGGACGUCCUGCUGAGGAAGAGCGUCACGAGGGCUCCGAAAGGAAGCGUAAGAACAACAAGCAUGAGGUGGGUGAUCACAGCUCGAAACACGCGACAGCAACGAGCAACAACUCUACCACAGCUACUUCGGCUGGUGCAUACAAGCCGCCAGCACGCGGCGUGGACCUCAACAAGAGUACUGUGAAACAAGAUGAUCAGUUCGUGGACCCCGACAACAGUUGGGUCGACGAGGACUGGGCUGCAGAGCAAAAUGACCUCUAUGGCAGCGAAUAUGAUGCCGGAUUGGGAAUUCAAGGUCCAGGUCAAGGUCGUGGUGGUGAUGACCGCAAAAUGGAUCGCGACUACAGCGACCGCAAAAUGGACUACAACGCGACUGGAUCAACUACAGCGACAACUACCAAAACAUUGUCAAACUCGGCCAAGAAAGCGUACAAAGACGACCUGACGACAUCAUCCAGUAAGAAGAAUAAGAACAAGGACCAUGGUGCUCUUCAAGAUGCUGGCGACGAAGAGCAUGUCGAGUACACCGAAGAGGAGUGGGCAGCAUGGAUUGCAGAGCAAAAGGCCCAGAAACGUGCCAAGAGGGAGAGCAGGAUGCUCGCAAAGCAAGCAGAACAGGGUACAGCAGGCCAAAGUCGAGACCAAAUCAUAGGUACAGCGAAUCAGAAAAACUCAACAACAUCUGCUGGACAAGCAGGCUCUUUGAGUACUCGGGGUGGCGGUCGACAUAACGUUAACGGACCAAACAAUAACAUCAUGGGCGGAGGAGCAGCCGACCAGUCUUCAGAAGCUCCAGUGAAUAAGAAUUUGGUCGCUUUAUCAGCGAACGGUGGGGCAGGUAACUCCUUCGCUGCAAAGAGCAAGACUGGCGUAAAAAAAGCCGUUAACUUGAACUCCCUGGACGACUUCAAGAGUUCUUCUACUUCUAGAGGUGGAGGCAAUAAGCAACGUGGUGGAAACAAUCAAAAUCAGAAUCAAAAUCAGCCGGCUGGUGGAGACCAGAAUGCUUCUGGCGGUUCUUCUUCUGGUGAAGGAGGCCAGCAGAAGCCCAAGUGGCAAGGUUGGGGCAAGCCAGAUCCCGAUACACCGAUUCAAAAAGAGAGCAGACCUCUUACUGGUGGAGAGCAUCAACAUCAGCAACAACAACAAGGUUCUUCUAUGAACAACACUCAAUCUCAACAACAGCAAGGUUCAUCUGGCAACAAUAACCCCAACAGCAUGAUGAACAACGCUAAUCCACCCAGUGCUUCUUUCCAACAUCAAGGCCAAGGACGUAACAACAAUAAGGGACGAGGUAAAAAGGGAGGCAACAAUAAUUCUGCGGGGGCAGCAGGAGGUGGUCCUCAUGACCCAAGAAGAGCAAACGGUGCCUCAUCCGCAGGAUCACCUGGUGCUGACACGGAAAACUCUGCCUCUGCAGUCGAGGGUCAGGCUAAUGGCGCCAAAGGUGGUAGCAAACGGGGAGGCAAUAAUAAUAAGGGUCAAGGCAAGCGCGGAGGCAAAGGACGCAAUCGCGACGGAGGAGGUGGUCAAAAGGGAGCACAAGAUGGCAGCAACAGCACUACAGGAAACGGUGCUCAAGAACAGGGUGGAGAACAUCUUCAAAAUCAGAUGAAAAACAGGAACCAGCAUCUUCAGAAGACUCCUGGCAACCAGCAAGAUCAUGUUCAAAACGGACCGCCAGGUGGUAAAGAGAACGGAGGAAACGCUAGUGGUAAUACAACUAGGAAUCAGGGCGCGGGUCGUGGUAUCGGCAACAGGAACGAUGGCGGAGCCAAUAGAGUUGAGGAGAGAAACAAUAAGCCCAACAUCAAGGGAGACAAAGACAACAAGAUGAAAGGGCAAGAUCGUGGUGAUAACAACAAAGGUGGCGACGGUCAGCAUCAAAGGUCGAACAACAAGGGCGAAGGCAAGCGAAGUCGUCCCAAGGGCGAUGGCUCUAAAGGCGGUGAAGGAGGCAAGCGCCAAGGCCCAGCUAAGGGUGAGGCAACCGGGAAAAAAUAAGUACUAGUACGACAUUUGCUCCACUCGACUUACAAUAGAAGACAGUGUUGUUCUUGUACUAUUAUAAAGUUGUUCGACUCUAGUAGUAGUAGUAGUCGCUACUAUUACUGAGAAAGAAAAACAGUUGUUCCACCACUGCUUUUGUACCAAUGACAUGUCCAUCAUACACACAGAUACACACAGAGACACGCUACAACUACAAGUACUUCUUCACCUAGUGUUGCGUAAGCGUAACGAACUUUUUACUCCUUGUUUAGUCAGACUUACUUAGUCUAUUUGCAAACUAUAUGCAAAUGAUCCUCGUGUUAAAGGACGAAGGAAUACACAACUCCUGUGUAGUUUGGGCGUCCACCUUGCUCCCUGUGCCUGUGUUUAGGCGAAAUAUAGAAAGUAGCUCUUCGAUAUGUAAUGGAAGACGAAGCACGAUCUGAUAGGCAGUAACAAAGUUCAGAUCGUCCUUCGUCUUCCAUUACACGCAUAGGGGGUCUUUCGUCUUCUAUUUAGGCCACUUGGCGAAAGAGAAGAGUCAGUAGGCAAAGGCAGAAGUUGUAACAACCUUGUGGGGAGAAGCGACGAAUGUUCUAAGAAAGUCAUUUCUUUGUGGACACAAAUAGGGGGUAGAGUAGUAGGCUGUCUUGAAUACUUCUGUAUCUUUGCUUAACAUGUUGAUUUCGGUUCAUUGCUUUCGGCUGUAGUUCCUUUGUUUUGUGAAAAUGUUGCUGUUCUUGCUGAUCAUUUGAUUUUUUACUAUGGAUGGAUCAUAUCAUGGCCAAUGUCUUACUGCAGGAAAUAAGUUGUGAAUUGAUGUUAUUUCUGAAAUUUCUAAGAACAAAAAGAAAAUGGUGGUCGUAGUACGAGAAGAGAUGUUGGCUCUGCUUCAGAUUCAGUCAUACCUAUAUUGAGAUUCACAUUUUAUAGUCCACUUCGUUCUUCUACUUCUAUUUUUUAGAAGUCCAUCUGUGUAUCCGUUGUCUGUAAAUUAAUGUUUGUGCUAUGUGCAGAUGCUUCUAAACCGUAAAUUCUUUCUGCUCAUAUUUAUGUUCAACAUACGCACUCGUACCUGCUUCUCUCCUUAUAGGUAGACGAGCUCCUGGCGCCUUUUGCUGCAUCGAGGAUAUUGUUUACUCCUUAUACACAGACAUUCUUAUAAUUUCAGCAUGAUGUUGUUCGACGUUGUUUUGUGCUAAACGUGAAGAACAGGAGAAGAAUAUUCGGUAGUAGAAUGAAAAGGUUGCAGGUUGUAACUCGUACCAAAAUAGAAAGGUUGUAGGUUCUAUUACCAAAAUAGAAAACUUGAUGUCAUUCGGCUUGCUAUUGUUGUUGGUUAUCUAGUGGACUUAUCUACCUCAUCUAUCUUCAUCCAAUCAUGUAGUCGUAGUUCGUUAUGUUUCAUAUCUAUCGUUCGUUGUAGUUAUUGAGGUACAUCAAGGUCUAGAAGAUCAAGAUAUUUCUAUUUCAUACUGAUUGUAAUUGUCCUCGUUCCGAUCUUGAUAGGUCGACCGCUUCGUGACAUCAUAUGGAGCCAAACUCAACCACUUGCUGCACGCUACCUCGCAGAGACCUCCCAUGGUCUCUGGUUUUGCCCGACUCACUUUUAAAACACCAACAAAUUUUUAUCAUGUAGACCACGUAAUUUGAAUUUCAUUCACCAUCUUCAAAACGACCUCUUCUACCAUUCGAAAAAUCGGGAACUUCAUCUGGUGUCGUG